CCCUCUGUUAGCAACUUGUGGCUAGCUAGCUACAGGGGAAGGUAGUGCUCCGAGGACUGAUCCUCAGACACCACGCUGAGCAAAAGACUGUCCGCCCGCACAUAAUUCGGUCAGUGGAGUCCAGAUGCAUGAGUCUGGGUCAGAACCAACAAGCCACAUCAUUCCAGCGAGUCAGACAGAGAACGGGAAUAAUAGCGACAAUGAGAGUCGAGUGAGGGGCAGCCAGACUCCUCCCGCAGAGGCACCAAGGGUUCCAGUGUCAGUAUCCAUGAUGACCCCACCAGCAGAGGCUCCACAGCAGCAAGUCCUCAGUCCCCAGCAGCUCCAGGCGCUACUCCAGCAGCAGAAAGCACUCAUGUUACACCAGCAACAAAUUCAAGAGGUCUUCAAGAACCAGCAAGAGCAGCUAAAUAUCCAGCUGCUGCAACAGAAGAAUGCUGGGAUUGUUAGUCAAGAGCUGACAGCGCAGCAGAUUGCCAUCCAGCAGCAGCUCCUUCAGAUGCAGCAGCAACAUCUCCUCAACCUGCAGAGACAGGGCCUGCUGUCCGUCCUUCCCAGCAGCCCCAUCGCACUCACAGGCUGUGAUGGUAGCACUCUGUCUACCGGUGGAGACACCAGAGAGUCUUCCAGUCAGCAAUCAUCCACCAACGGUCUUCACAGUUUGCUAAGGAGGAAAGAAAGUGGGUCACUGGAUGAGAUCACACAGAAUAGCCAUGCCCUGUAUGGAAAUGGCAUGUGUAAAUGGCCCGGCUGUGAGACUGUGUUUGGAGACUUUCAGGCUUUUCUCAAGCAUUUGAACGGUGAACAUAUACUGGAUGACAAGAGCACAGCACAGUGUCGUGUGCAGAUGCAGGUGGUUCAGCAGCUGGAACUACAGUUGAAGAAGGACAAAGAGCGGCUGCAGGCUAUGAUGGCUCAUCUCAAGUCCUCUGAACCCAAACCCACAGCGCAGCCUGUUAAUCUGGUGCCUAAUGUUUCCUUCUCCCAGGCAACGUUGCCCAAAGGCCCUCCUCCGAUGAGUUUGUCUCAGAGUGCCACGGCUCCAUCCACCCCCCUGACGCCACUCUCUGAAUCCCCCUCAGUCCUCACUCCCAACAGCAUGUUCACUGGAACCCCCGUACGGAGGCGCUACAGCCGCUCCGUCAGCCAAGAUAUAGUUGAUAAUAAGGAGUUCUACUUAAGUACAGAAGUUAGACCGCCAUUUACAUAUGCAUCUCUCAUAAGACAGGCAAUAUUCGAAUCUCCUCGCAACCAGCUGACAUUAAAUGAAAUCUACAACUGGUUCACAAGAAACUUUGCAUAUUUCAGGCGUAAUGCAGCUACUUGGAAGAACGCUGUCAGACAUAAUCUCAGCCUCCAUAAAUGCUUUGUACGUUUGGAAAAUGAAGGAGCCGUGUGGACAGUCGAUGAGAUUGAGUUCCACAGGAGACGACCUCAGAAGGCUGCUGGCAACGGGUCCUUGCAGAAAAACUCACAUAACAACCAGAGUGUAUCUGGGUGUUCUUCUCAGAGUGGUGGUCUAGACUGCAGCAACUCCCUCUACAACCAGGCCUCUCUGGGCAGCAUCCCAUUUCACUCCCUGCCUCAUCUUCUCCAGGAGCAGAUGAAUGGAGCCCUGGCUAAUGGGUCUGGAUACCAAAGUGACAGCAGCGCAACGCAGUCCCCUCCGCAGGCUUUCAUUAAGGAGGAGCAGGAGGAUGAGGAGAUAUGUGAAGGUUAUCCCUACGAAUCUCCGGAGAGCACAGACGAGCACGGCCACAGUCCGGAGAUGAACCACGAUGAAGACAACGGCAGCCCGGAGUUGCCCAAUCUUCUUUUCGAUCGCGUGCCUUCUCUCUGACCACGAGGUCCAACACUCUCCACUGCGAGGCCGCCUCACUCACAGCCUGUGUGACUUUAUAUUCCAAAAAAACUACUGCUUCAUCUACGUAACCAAACACUCUCUUGUAGGGGACAUUUUUUUUAUCAUCAUUUGUUCUAUUUUGUUAUUAAUCUAGCUCUCGAUUCUUUCUGUACAGUAGAGGGAGAUCACAAAAACACGUUUGUGAAACUGUCUGUUCAUGAUUUUCUUAUUUUAUAUUUGUGUAUACAAAAGGACCAUGAGCAGAGAAGCCAAAGGAAAGGGAACAAGGAUAGUUAGCACUUCACAAUGAAAAGCUGCCCCCCUCUCUAUUGCUCCUUUAUGCUAUGUUGGGGCCCUCACUACCUGAUUUUAUUUUAGUAGUCAUAAUAUAUACAAAAAAAUGUAGAGAUAAAGAAACAGGUUGCUAAUAAAAGGAAAUUGUUCACUGCCAACAUGAUCUGAUAUUUGUAAGUAAUCAAUUGAUGAAAACAAAAUGUAGUCUUUUUUUCAUUCCUUCCACAAACACUGCUGAAUUCGCUCCUAUCGAGUAGAUAACAUAGAUUUACCAUUAUUGUAAAGCAAUGCAACUCUAUGAAUAAUAAAUCCCUCAUGAAAAAUGUG